CAAGUGACGUGCAGAAAUACAACACAACCAAAGGUUGAGGGAUGGAUGAUCCACUUUCUCUUAUCCGAUCCAGAACGAAGACUAAAACAUUACUGGAUACUGGCCAAUGACGCUAUCAACAUGUAUAAUGAGCACAAUGAAGGUGUAAACCCAAAUAAGUGCUACAUGGUACUCCCUCUAGCUGAAAUUCUCGCUAUCACACCCUAUCAAGGCCCACCGGUCCACUCCAAGUUGAUCAGUACCUUAGUUUAUUUCAUCACCUCGCCUUAUCCCAAUACUGCCUAG